AUGAAAAUGAACUUCAACAGAAGCGGAGGACUACGGCUGUUGAAGGAUACGAUCCCCAAUGAUGCACUCUUGGAAUGCUGGAAGGAGUGUAUGAAUUGGAGUGAAUUCGAUGAAUUACGUGAAGAAAUUGACCGUUUUAACAAAACAUCGGAAAAUGUCAAACGAGGAAUAGCAAUGAGUGCAACCCGAAUGGGCAUAGGCCAUCCAGGAGCAAGGCCUGAGGCAGUAGCGCUAGUGCAGAUUUUCAAGGACGGAAGUGUAGCUGUUAUGAUUGGAGGAAUUGAAGUAGAGCAAAGACUUAUUUCAAAGUGUCAACAAGUAGCCAGCCGAGCACUGCGAAUUCCUACUUCACUCAUAACGAUACUCGGUGCGAACAGAGAUAGGAACACUAACGGAGGAAAUCACAAUGGGGGAGAUCACAAUGGGGGUGACGACAUCCAAGGACGAGCGAUUCUGGCUUGCUGUGAGAGGCUAAUGGCAGGCCUACGACCGCUUCUCAAGGAGGAAGGAGGAUGGGGUAAAGCCGUUUGGAAAGCCUAUAAGAUGCGAAUACCUCUUCAGGCGUCUGAGUAUACAGGAGGAGGAAACAGCCGAAGACAAGGAGUCCCUUUGCAAUCGCAGUACAAUACUACUGGCGCGGCAUGCAUCGUUUCACAGAUCGAUUGCCGUACGGGCGAGCAAAGUACUGAAACUUUUUCCGUAAUUCUUUCCGUGGACGUUGUCUUAGAUGCCGGUCGAAGGUUAAAUCCAGCAGAAGACAUUUCCCUGAUCGAAGGCGCCUUUCUGAUGAGCUAUAGCAGUCUCACGUUUGAAAAGGUGACGUAUGACGACAAGGGAAAGUUAGUCGAGAAUACGUUUUCCUUAUAUAAGCUACCGUCAGCAUCAGUGACUCCAAAGAAGUUUCGAGUGAAACUCCUCAGGGAAUCGGAAUCAUACGACGGACAAGUUGCUUCUACAAAGGUGAUUCUUUUCUGA